AUGCCUUUGUUUAUUCCCGUUCGCACUCUGCGCAACACGAGUAACUACCUCAUAGUCAAUAGAUCCCCGUCUGCUCAGCUAUCCCAGCGAGCCAACCGAGAAUGGCCUUCCCCGAUAAUCAUCUCUCGCGCUUCCAUCUCAUACAAUCCGAAGUCUCCCCCUGGUGCAGCUUCUUCAUAUCCGCAUACGAAGAAUUUUACUCCACCUGUACCUCGCGUACAAAGUCCCAAAGCGAAACCACGUCCUGGUAUACCGAAAAGCUCUCUCACAGUCAACAAUAGAAAGUCUGUGAUCCCUCCACCUCGCCAAGAAAGCUCGAAUGCAUCAUUAGGUGGUGAAAUGCCGAAAAGCUCUAUCGACCCUAAGAAGAAGUCUGAAGAAGACUCUUCUCUGUUUUGGGAUAUAGUUUUCCUUUCUUUUUGGCUAGAAUAAGAGAUUAUCUGGUCGAGUUUCAAGGAUACAAUCACCCGUGGAAAACACGGUGGCGCACUGGUGCCAAGCAAUUGUUGUACCGACUGUUGUUGUAUUUUUCUGAUUUGAUGCCAUCAGUUUUUUCUUCAUUCCAGAAUGUUGGAGGCGACCUGCGGUCAGUUCUCUCUUAGUGGAUGAUUCAGAAUGGGGAAAGAGCAAAUGAAAGAAUGAGUUGGUGAUUGGUGCAUGUGGUUGAAGUACUUGUUGCUUAGCACUCUGGUUUUGUCGAAUUGCGGUCUUCUGAUUCAAGUAGAGCUUGCCGGACAGAACAUUCAAGAUUUGGAUUAAAUCUACAUAAAAUGC